AUGUGGCCACAGACCCCCAACGAUGUGGCCACAGACCCCAAGGAUGUGGCCACAGACCCCAAGGAUGUGGCCACAGACCCCAAGGAUGUGGCCACAGACCCCAAGGAUGUGGCCACAGACCCCCAAGGAUGUGGCCACAGACCCCCAAGGAUGUGGCAACAGACCCCCAAGGAUAUGGCCACAGACCCCAAGGAUGUGGCCACAGACCCCCAAGGAUGUGGCCACAGACCCCCAAGGAUGUGGCCACAGACCCCAAGGAUAUGGCCACAGACCCCCAAGGAUGUGGCCACAGACCCCAAGGAUAUGGCCACAGACCCCCAAGGAUGUGGCCACAGACCCCCAACGAUGUGGCAACAGACCCCCAAGGAUGUGGCCACAGACCCCAAGGAUGUGGCCACAGACCCCCAAGGAUGUGGCCACAGACCCCCAAGGAUGUGGCCACAGACCCCCAAGGAUGUGGCCACAGACCCCAAGGAUAUGGCCACAGACCCCCAAGGAUGUGGCCACAGAUCCCCAAGGAUGUGGCCACAGACCCCCAAGGAUGUGGCCACAGACCCCCAAGGAUAUGGCCACAGACCCCCAAGGAUAUGGCCACAGACCCCCAAGGAUAUGGCCACAGACCCCAAGGAUGUGGCCACAGACCCCCAAGGAUGUGGCCACAGACCCCAAGGAUGUGGCCACAGACCCCAAGGAUGUGGCCACAGACCCCAAGGAUGUGGCCACAGACCCCAAGGAUGUGGCCACAGACCCCCAAGGAUGUGGCCACAGACCCCAAGGAUGUGGCCACAGACCCCCAAGGAUGUGGCCACAGACCCCCAAGGAUAUGGCCACAGACCCCCAAGGAUGUGGCCACAGACCCCCAAGGAUGUGGCCACAGACCCCCAAGGAUGUGGCCACAGACCCCAAGGAUGUGGCCACAGACCCCCAAGGAUGUGGCCACAGACCCCCAAGGAUGUGGCCACAGACCCCCAAGGAUGUGGCAACAGACCCCCAAGGAUGUGGCCACAGACCCCCAAGGAUAUGGCCACAGACCCCAAGGAUAUGGCCACAGACCCCCAAGGAUGUGGCCACAGACCCCCAAGGAUGUGGCCACAUACCCCAAGAAUGUGGCCACAGACCCCAAGGAUGUGGCCACAGACCCCCAAGGAUGUGGCCACAGACCCCCAAGGAUGUGGCCACAGACCCCAAAGGAUAUGGCCACAGACCCCCAAGGAUGUGGCCACAGACCCCCAAGAAUAUGGCCACAGACCCCCAAGAAUAUGGCCACAGACCCAAAGGAUAUGGCCACAGACCCCAAGAAUAUGGCCACAGACCCAAAGGAUAUGGUCACAGACCCCCAAGGAUGUGGCCACAUACCCCAAGAAAUGCUGA